AUGCAUUUUGGUGAAAAGAGAGAAGAAGCUGGGAAAACAGCAAACGUCUGUCUUUCAAACACAGGUAAGAAAGAGGGGAAGGCAAGUGAGGCGAACGGAGUGUACGAUCAAACUGCACUGGACAUGAGCGGGGAAGCCGGCAGUACGAUAGGCUCCGCCACUAUCGUUUCUCAAUUUGAAGCCUUCCGGGUUGUAUUCGUCCUUUACUUGAACGCGUAUCCUGUUAAGUUGCGCGGUCCGGACAAAGUUGCCGAAAUUGAUUAA